AUGAGCGCCGAAGCAGCGUGGAUAUGCUACGCCCUUCGUAGAGGGCCUACGCUCGGCCUACGCGCGCUUUUCGCGACGCCUUUCGCUAUCACUUUUAAGUUUAAACGUUCACUAACAAAUAUUACCACGUACAAUGCACAGAACUUCACAUACGGUCACGAAACACGGCUGCAGCCUCCGAGACGCGGGUCCGUCGCGCGAGAGGUGAAACGCGUCCGCGAGCCGAGCGAGGACUGCGGCGCGCGCGGCUCGGCGACGGGCGCGGGCCCGCGCCGCGGCCGCCCGCCUCCCGCCGAACCGUAG